GGUGGUGACCGCUAUUUAAGAUGACUUGCGUAUGAAGGUCAAUCAGUCAGUGUUCUUUCUUCAAGGAGACAGGCUGAACGUGGACUGAAGGAGUGUCACUAUUCAUCUCAGUAACCAGUUAAGAAUGAAGUUUCUUCUUGCUGUGACGAUAGUUAUCGCAGCAUCUUUCGCUGCGAACACAGAAGGCGCCGGAAGUUUCUGGGACACCGUUACGAAGCCCCUACAUUUCGGCAAAGAGGCUGUCCAGGGAGCGGGGGAUAUGGUCCACGCUUACGUUGACAUGAGGAGAGCGAACGUUAAGAACUCAGACAAGUACUUCCAUGCAAGAGGGAACUAUGAUGCAGCCAGGAGAGGCCCAGGUGGCUCUUGGGUAGCCAGGGUCAUCAGCAACACCAGAGAGAGAGUGGACCAAUGGCGCGGAGGGAAUCCUGCAGCCAGCUCAGCUGACCAAGAAGCCAACCGCUGGGGGCGAAAUGGAGGUGACCCUAACAAGUAUAGGCCUAAAGGUCUCCCUACAAAAUACAGAAGAAGCAUCUUCUAGAACUACGGGGGGUUGGUCUGCAAUGAGGUAUGCUGAAUAAUGCAGAAUACUGAAUGAGAAAUGCUGAAUAAUGAGUGAAUAAUGCAGAAUACUGAUGACAUGAACUGGUUUCGUGGACUAGUGGUGUUCUGAGUCAUCAGGAUUCACAGAUGUUAAUGCUCUGGAGGAUUGUACUACAGAGUUUCUGCAAUCUUUUGUUAUUGUAGAUUUUGUUGUUUUACAUUUUGUGCCGUUAUUAAAGGUUCUUACGCUAUUGUUAUGGAUUGUUAUGCUGUCGUGGAUUUUUACGGUGCUGCUGUUAAAAAUGCUAAUACUGAUUUUAUCUGAUAGGAAAUAAAGUGGAUAAACUCAUAA